AUGUUCACAAUUGACACCCUGUUCCACCAGCAUGUUCCCCUUGCUGCAUCCAUUUCUCACCCACUCACUGCAUUUUACCCAUCAACUUCUUCCCUACAAACAACAAAUCUUGUACUAAAUUCAUACAUAUGUCGGUCAGGAUAUCUCAUAAUGUACCUAGUCUCCACCACCCUUGAAAUCUACAAACCGUCUAAAAACAGAUUAUUUAAACGUGUACACAACAGUGCAUCUCAAGUAGAAGAUGAAUUGAUUGGUGAAGGAAAUGUGUGGCUUGAGUGA